GGUCAGUUUUCGUCGACGUCACCGAGAGCUGUGUAGGAGAGGAGGACAAGGUGUGUUCAACGUCAUCUCUCGUCACCACCGGCCGCGCGUUUGCGGUUGCUAAGCAACUAGGCGGCUUCUCCCAAAUAGAGAAACCCAGUGGAGGAGCUGUGAUAAAAAAAACCCAUCCAAAACAACGUCUUUGCCUUAAAGCUGGCCUGCGCCCCACCAGCAUGUCUCGCUCCCUGUCCAAGUCCCGAGCCGAGAAGUCCCGUGCCCCCUCGGUGCCCGCGGCGCCCCCCGCCCCCAGCGCCUCUGCGCCCGCGGACAUCGUUCCCGGGCGGCUGGCCGAGUCCGACUGGGUCUCCAUGGUGACGCGGGAGGAGGGCGAGGAGGUGGUGGUGGACGUCGUGGAGGGGCUGAUGGCCCGGGUGAUGGAGGAGUGCUACAGAGUGUACCUGCAGAGACAGCUGGUGCCCUUCACGGUGUCCCAGGCCCGGGAGGCGCUGGUCCAGAUGGUCGAGUGGCGGUUUCUCGUGCGGGAUGAAGGCGAGGGGCCCGAGAGCGCCCCCUCCUGGGAGGAGGACAUGGAGCCCCUGCCCUGCGGCCCCGACUCCUGGGCCCAGGGCUGCGUGCCCGUCCUACACACAGGACUCACCCCGCGCCCCCCUCUCACACAGAGGGCAGUGGAAGCCACUGUUGGAGAGGCAGAUUCCCCAGGCAGGCGCCAGCCCGAGACCAAACUGCAGCCCGAGGAGGAGGGGACCAGGAGGGAAACGGCCAAUACGGAACAUUUGUCCCAGAACAGGCUGGAUGUUGACAUCAGGGGUGAAAACGAGAAGAAAGGACCACAAGGCCCGAGGAAACCAAAACCUCACGGGCUGACCCCCGCCCCCCCUCCAAAGACAGAGAAAAGGAGAAAGCCGAAUUCCCAUCGAGCAGCCGCGCCAACACCCCUGACACAGCAUCCCUCCAAGUCCCUGCCGUCACAGGGUGGCUCGACAGUGCAGCAGGAAUCCCAGCCCAACCAGGCAAAGCAGGACAGGCCAGCCCCCAACGCGUGCCUCCCCCGGCCACUGAACGCCAUCAGCGCAGUGGAGGGAGCCAUGCAGAAGCUGAGCCUAGCUCGCCUGCCACAACAUCGGAUCUGCCCCGGGUUCGAGGUACUGGAGCCAGAAACCCUGCAGUGCAACUCUGGAAAGACAGGGGGUGCUCUUCUGCCAAGGCCCGUGCUGGAGAGACGACAUAAACAGGAUGGGGCUUCUCCUCCUCUUCCACGGGUCCGCAUACCAAACAGAGAUGCCCAGAAACUUCAGAGGAGCAACGUUCCCCUGCCAAGCACUUCCUCUCGAGUAUCCGCUGACCGAGACGCCCGGGGGGAUACCGGCCUUUUCCGGGCUCCCUUGCCCCUCGCCGCCAGCCUGCUGCUGGACUCCAUGGAGCUCUCCCCCGGCGUGGCACUGAAGGAUGCCCGGGGUAUCCGCAUGGGCCCCUGGAAGGAAGCCUUAGCACAGCCCCGGAGCAGCACAGCUCUGAAACCCAUCAGAACGACUUUGUCUCCCCCUCUUAUCUCCCUGGAGCAGCUGAUCACAGGGCACCAGCCGCAGGUCACACCCCAGACGACACUGGCCGGGCAGACCUAGGGCCGGCCGCAGGGGCCCCUACAGUGCCUCAGGACAGCAGCUAUGAAAUCUAUAGCUACGAAAGUGAUCUUUCUGUACUCUCAUGCACAGUGUAAAAGUGGAAAUAAAACCAACAUGCCUGUAAAAUGUGCAGAUGUGCUUUUGCGUGCGCUGACCAGGACAGGGAUCUUGUCUAGGGUGCAUCCCGCCUUGUGCCCACUCUCUGCCAUUAAAAAUGGAUGUAUGCCCCAGCAGUUUAUUAAAAUUCCAAUAUUAUGCCAAACACCUGA